UAGCUCACUGGAAUGGCUGUGACACACUGAAUAGAGUGUGGAUCACUAAUUUGAUGAGUUUCACCUGUGUUUACCCAGCAAUGAUAUGUCAACAUUGCUGCUUUGAAAAGGGCCUGUUGCAAUGCAGAUGCAGUUUGUUUGGAGAAAAAGUGUCUGUCAUUGUGUGAAAAUGUCUAAAGUCCAAAUGCUGAGAGCUUUUGUCAACCAGCGACUAACUGCGGCUGCUGAAGAGAUAUUUGAGCUGUUUGAAAGAACGAUAGCAGAGUACGAGGAGGAACUUUGUCGUUCAAAAAAGGAGAACGAGCGACAACAGAAACAACUGGAUGCUGUUUUUAACCCUCAGCUUUGGUUACACAGAGCAGACGUCCAGCAGCUGUUGGUGGUUAAAAAAGAGGUUCCCUCUGAGCAGCAGGAGUGGAGCUCCAGUCUGGACCAGGAGGACCCAGAGCCCCCACACAUUAAAGAGGAACAGGAGGAACUCUGGACCAGUCAGGAGGGAGAUGAGCUUCAAGGGCUGGAGGAGGCUGAUAACAACAUCCUGUUCCCUCUGAAGAGUGAAGAAGAUAAUGGAAAGAAAGCUCAGUCCUCACAGCUUUAUGAAAGCCAAACUGAGGAGAACCGAGAGGCAGAGAGAACAGAAGCUGAUGGAGAGGACUGGGUAGGACCAGAACCAGCCAGGAACUCCGAUCCAGACAGUCCUUUUCAACCAGCUACACAUGACAAGACUUCAGACUCCUCUGAACCUGAGACUGAUGACAGUGGUGACUGGGAGGAGACUAGGGAACCUCAGUCAAGUUUAAACUCUCUGCAAAACAAUGAAGAACACGUAAGUGAUGGUGAAUGCAAUACUGGAAACCCAUCAGUUUGCUCAUCUGAAUGUGCUGGACGCUUUGGCCACGAGGAACAUCUGCAGAAACCCACUGGAGUCCAAAUAAAAAGGAAAAAAUAUUGUUGCUCUGUUUGUGGUAAAGGAUACACUCGUAAGAAGUCCUUAUGUAGUCACAUGAGACUUCAUUCAGAAGGGAAAGGUUUCACCUGCUCAGUUUGUAAAGCAAUUUUCAAGACGCCUAGCAAUUUGAAUAUACACAUGAGAAUCCAUACAGGGGAGAAACCAUUUAGCUGUUCAGUUUGUGGUAAAAGAUUUGCACAAAAGGGAAGUCUUAAACCACACAUGAAUGUCCACACACGGGACAAACCAUUUAGUUGUUCAGUUUGUGGUAGAGGAUUCUCUCUGAAUAAGACUUUAACGACUCACAUGAGACUUCAUUCAGAAAAUGUCUCACCUGCUCAGUUUAUAAAAUACAGUAUGGGACCUGUUGCGAUGCAGACGCAGUUUGUUUGGAGAAAAAGUGUCUGUCAUUGUGUGAAAAUGUCUAAAGUCCAAAUGCUGAGAGCUUUUGUCAACCAGCGACUAACUGCGGCUGCUGAAGAGAUAUUUGAGCUGUUUGAAAGAACGAUAGCAGAGUACGAGGAGGAACUUUGUCGUUCAAAAAAGGAGAACGAGCGACAACAGAAACGACUGGAUGCUGUUUUUAACCCUCAGCUUCGGUUACACAGAGCAGACAUCCAGCAUCUGUUGGUGGUUAAAAAAGAGGUUAAGCAGGAGGACACAAAGCCCCCACGCGUUAAAGAGGAACAGGAGGAACUGUGGACCAGUCAGGAGGGAGAGCAGCUUCAAGGGCUGCAGGAGGCUGAUAUCAAGUUCCUGUUCACUUCUGUCCCUGUGAAGAGUGAAGAAGAUGAUGAAGAGAAAGCUCAGUCCUCACAGCUUCAUGAAAGCCAAGCUGAGGAGAACAGAGAGGCAGAGAGAACAGAAGCUGAUGGAGAGGACUGUGGAGGACCAGAACCAGCCAGGAACUCAGAUCCAGAUAGUCCUUUACAACCAGCUACUCAUGACAAGACUGCAAACUCCUCUGAACCUGAGACUGAUGACAGUGGGGACUGGGAGGAGACUAGGGAACCUCAGUCAGGUUUAAACUCUCUGCAAAACAAUGUAGAACCUGGAAAUGAUGUUGAAUGUAAUACUGGAAAAACACCAGUUAGCUCCUCUGGAUGUGCUGGAAGUUUUGGCCACGAGGAACAUCGGCAGAAACCCACUGGAGUCCAAACAGGAGGCAAACUGUUUAGUUGCUGUGUUUGUGGUGAAACAUUCCCUCUGAAGAAGUCUUUAAUUAGUCACAUGAGAUGUCAUUCAGAUGGAAAACGUUUCGCCUGCUCAGUUUGUAAAAUGGUUUUCCGUAACCGUAGCAAUUUGGUUAAUCACAUGAGAAUCCACACAGGGGAGAAACCAUUUAGUUGUUCAGUGUGUGGUAAAAGAUUCGCACAAAAGGGAAAUCUGAAACAACACUUGAUUGUGCACACAGAGGAGAAACCAUUUGCGUGCAGAGUUUGCAAUAGACGAUUCAAUCGACAGCAUAGUGUCAAAAGUCACUUGUGUUGGAGAGAAGCAGAUAUAAAUUAAGCUUGUUGAACCAUCCCCCCCCCCCCCAGCAGGAUUAAAUAACUGAGGGCCAGAUAUGGUUCAAGACUGAGCAACUAAAAACUGACCGACUUGUGGCUGAUGCAGACCAUUUACAGCUGAGACAAAGCAACACAAAUCAAUUAAAAUUCAGUUUUUAUUUGUCUUUACCUUAUUUUGUUUUCUAGCUGCUGUACUUUUUGUUAUUACAUGUAGUCAUUGAUUAGACUUGUUUUUAACGGUCUAAAAGUAUUUUAUGUUCCCUAUACAGCACUAUGGUCAACAUUUGUGAUUUAUAAUUAAAAUGACUUGACUUUGCUCCAAAUUAAUUUCUAAAUGA